AUGAAAAAUAUUAGUAAAGUUCAAAGUUUAGAAUAACUUAAGAAAAACAGUGUUAAGUCGUCCUCUCUUUAAAAACGAUUUUCUUAACGAGUAAUUACUCCUUAAUAGUGGGUUUUAGGAAAGAGGGUGGAACAAUAGGAUAAUUGCAUGUGAAUAAAUUUUAGGAGUUGUACAGAGGGACAAUUCAAAUAAAAAGUUUUUGCCGUCAAUAAAUGGUGGAACAGCCUCGAUUGUGCAGAAAUACAUUCAAAUGCACAAGAAUUAGUAAGAUCUAGAAAACCUUAUUGAGUGUGAACAAAAAAUAUUCACUACCAAAUUGGAAUAAGUGAGGCAAGUUCACAAAUUGUAUAAUGUUCCGAAAAUACAUUAAGUAUUUAUGUAGAUUUAUAAGCAGAAUGUAUUUAAUUAGGUAUUGGCAUCCUCAGAUGACAAAUUAGCAAUAUUGGAGGAGGAACUUAAUUUGAUGGAUCAAAAGUUGUCUCCAAUAUUGCAUUGCAUGUUCACCAUAACAGCCAGGGAGAAUUGUUUAAAUUAGAUUUAGACUCUAUUAAAGCAACCUUCCUUUAAGGAUCAAGAAAAAUUAAAAGAACUCAUGAAUGAUUUCAGAAUAUUAUCACUCAACACACUUGAGAGCAUUGUGAAAUGGCACUAAUACAUUGAACAUAAAAAUCUGAAUGUCCCAUUCUGUUUGGAUGACAAUACUGUUUACUCUUAGAAGUUCUAUUCAGAUUAUGAAAUGUUGAGGCCCCAAUUAUUUAAAUUCUUUGACGUUUCAGAGUCUCAUGAUCCAUUCUUUAUCAAAUUGUUAGGAAACAAUCAACAUAAAUUGAAUGCAAGAGUGAGAAGAGCAGAAGUUGAAUUAUUGA